AGAGUGUUGUAGAAUACGAAAAUCUACGGUUGAAAUCGACGGGGAUCACCGUUCACAAGCUCCUACACACGGCACAAAGGACUUCAACUUCAUUUCCUAGCCACACCGUGGAGAAUCAAGAUCUUCUUCGUGCGCGCGAAGAUGAGCAAAGGACCAUGUCUCUUCUCCGAUAUUGGCAAGAAAGCCAAAGAUCUUUUGACUAAGGACUACACUUCCGAUCACAAACUCACCAUCUCUUCCUAUAGCACCGCCGGAGUCCCCAUUACCUCAACAGCUGUGAAGAAAUCAGGACUCUCAAUUGGUGAUGUGGCAGCACAGUACAGGCGUAAGAACACAAUUCUUGAUGCCAAAGUUGACACAGAAUCAAAUAUCUCAACAACCCUCACCUUCACUGACAUUCUUCCAUCUACCAAGGCUAUUGCUUCAUUUAAGUUACCUGAUUAUAAUUCUGGAAAGUUAGAGGUUCAAUACUUCCAUGACCAUGCUACCUUAACAACAAUUAUUGCAUUGAACCAAUCCCCAAUUAUUGAUGUUUCUGCCACGGUUGGUACCCCAAGCAUUGCAUUGGGUGCUGAGGCAGGCUACGACACUACAUCUGGUAGUUUUACUAAAUACACUGCUGGAAUUAACGUGACAAGACCUGAUUCAUCUGCUUCAAUAAUUCUUUGUGAUAAGGGAGACAGUAUUAAAGCGUCAUACGUGCAUUAUCUAGACCAAUUGAAGAAGAGUGCUGCUGUUGCUGAGGUCACUAGGAAGUUCUCGACAAAUCAGAACACUAUUACUGUUGGAGGAUCUUUAGCUGUUGACCAUUUGACUCACGUCAAAGCAAGGUUCAACAGUCAUGGAAUGCUUGGGGCCCUCCUGCAGCAUGAAGUCAUACCAAAAUCAGUGCUGAUAAUAUCCAGUGAGGUUGACACCAAAGCCCUGGAUAAAAUUCCCAGGUUUGGUUUGGCCAUUGCCCUUAAACCUUAAGGGUCUUCUUCAUGUGCAUAAUUAGAAUUCCAAACUUAAUUUAAUUCUUUUUGGAUGACCCUCGAAGGAAGGGCAAAAUAAUUAUUCCCACGCACGAGUGUUUGUAGGCUCUUCAUGACUGUCGAUGAAUAUUUAGAUAUCUUAAGGUCAAACAUUGGCUUCUGUUUGCCCACUUUUUGCUUUCAUUUUCUGCUUGCCUCUGUUGUAGUAGACAUCAUGUUUUGGGAGAUAUGGUAAUUAUGUUCUCUAGGUUGAGUUUAACCAUGUGUUUGUUUUCUUAAAUCUAAUUGCUAGAAUGUUUUCUUUUGUAU